AUGGCGAAUUCAUGGCAGGCCAUAGCUGCACGCAAGCAGCAGGAGCGAACCUCACGCAUACCGCGAGAAUGGCUGCUAAAAGAGCCGCCCUUCACCUAUGCCCCCAACGCCAUUAACAUCCCGCGUCGAUGCGGCCUUCUCACCGAGCACGAACUGUCCAUCACAGAGAAUCACGACGCCACCAGCCUCCUGGUCGAGCUGUCCAAGGGAACCCUCACAAGCGAGCAGGUCGUGACCGCCUUCUCGAAGCGAGCGGCCAUCGCCCAACAGGUCUGCAACUGCUUGACCGAGAUCUUCUUCGAGGACGCCAUCGCGCGUGCCAAAGAACUCGAUGCCUAUCUUAAGAAGAAUGGCAGACCAAUAGGUCCGCUUCAUGGCCUUCCGAUCAGUCUCAAGGACGGCUUCAAGGUCCGUAGUUACGAUGCCUCUGUAGGUGUCGCAGGGCUGUGCUUCGAGCCUGCAGCCACGAAUUCUGCGCUCGUGGACCUCCUCCUAUCUUUGGGGGCGGUACUGUACUGCAAGACGAACAUUCCAUUGACGAUGAUGGCUCUUGAUUCGCACAACAAUGUGUUUGGUCGCACGCUGAACCCGGCUCAUCACGAACUGACGGCGGGUGGUAGCUCUGGCGGCGAGGGUGCAUUGGUCGCGAUGAGAGGCUCUAUACUUGGUGUUGGUACAGAUGUCGGGGGUUCGAUACGAAUACCUGCAGCUUGCAACAAUCUCUACGGCGUCAAGCCAUCCCACGGACGUAUCCCGUUUGCUGGUCAAGAAGGCGGCCAGAAACCGGGCAGCACCAAGCUAGGAAUAGAAGCAACAGCAGGGCCGAUAGCAACGACCACCAGAGACUGCGCAAUGUUCAUGCGAGUGAUAGCCAACGGUGGUCCCGAGUUGUUCGACCCUGAGGUGGUUGCGCAGGGCUGGGACCAGCUGGCGCUACUCAAUACGAAGCAGAAGCCACUUCGUGUUGGGAUUGCCAGAGGAGAUGGGCACGUCAAACCUCUACCACCAAUAGCGAAACUCAUGGAUGACGUCGCUCAGACUCUGCGUGCAGCACCUGGCCAAGCCAUUGAAGUCAUGGAUGUCGACGUCUCGCCAAUACUUUCCCGGUGCUUGAAGACCUUCAACGGCAUCAUGUCCAUCGAUGGAGCUAAUGCAUGGUUCGACCACAUGGAAGUGACUGGUGAACCACUUUCCCCGUGGCUGCAGGGACGACUCACGCGUCGACCACAGAAGUCCUUGGACGAAGUACGAGGACUCCAAGCGGCACGAACAGAACUGCAAACGACCUUCCUCAACGUCUGGAAGGAGAGCGGCGGCUACUGGCUCACCGACGCCAGCGAAGCGCACAUCGGCGACAGAACCCUCGACGCCCUAAUCUGCCCCGUAGCACCCCACCCCAUCCCUCCCAUCGACAGAUGGAACACAGCAAACUACACAGCCGCUUUCAAUCUCCUCGAUCUCUCCACCGGCGUCGUCCCAGUCCGCGCCUUUGACAGUCAAGAUCUCCAAGGUGACAUACCGAGCGACAAGCCCCUAAACGGCUGGGACAAAAUCAACCGAGAGCUCUGGACCAAAGUCGACAAGAACGUCUACUUGGGUAGUCCGCUAAGCGUGCAAGUGGUCACGCCUCGUCUCACCGAGCGGAGACUCGUAGAGGCUAUGGGUGUCAUUGACGCUGCGUUGCAGCCCCUGCGCACUAGUGGACGAAGGGAGAGUCGACUGUAG